AUGAUGAAAGGGGCAAUUAUUGAUGAAGGAAAAGAAAUAAUUCCAAUGUUCCCAAGAUUGCAUGUUAAAGAUGCUGAAAAAGGAGGAGGGCCUAAAGCACCACCAAGGAAUAAGAUGGCUCUCUAUGAACAAUUCAACAUUAAUAUGCAUAUGCCUUCUCAAAAUUAUGCCUCAGGAUCAUCAACAUCCUUGUUUCCUCUCCAUCUUAGAAGCUUCACACCUCCUUCAAUUUCUCCCUAUUUAAAUUGUUCAUAUUUUGCUGAGGAUAUUCAAGCUUAUAACUCCAAAAAUAUUAACUUAGCCAAAUUGAUGCCAGAUGAUUUCAUCAACACUAGGUGUUUUCUGAAAACAUUUGAUGGUGAAUAUGCUGGUUCUGCCUAUGAGGGAAAUUCAGGUUGUAACCUUAAGCAAAAUGACAAGGAUGAAGACAAACUUCCACUUAAAAGUCUCAAUUCAUUUAGAGAGAAGGUGAAUUCACUUGUGACAAUAGAACUGAAUUCCACACAAUAUGAGAAAAAUGGAAGAGAAGAAGAAGUGUCUCAAAAGUCACAAGAAGAUGAAGAGAAGACAUAUAGACAUUAUAGUGGCUUAAAUAAACCAAGGUUGGAAUGUAAAUUGGGCAUGGAUAUUUCCCCAAAUGAUGUUCUAGGAGUUAUAGGUGAAAAGCAAUUUUGGAAAGCAAGAACAACAAUAAUCAAUCAACAAAGAAGCUUCCUCAUACAAGUGUUUGAGUUGCACAGACUCAUAGAGGUACAAAAAACAAUUGCUAGAUCACCCCAUUUAUUGCUUGAAGAUAUCCAUGUCCUGAACAGAACACUACCAAAACCAUCACCAUUCAAGAGGUUACAAUCUGACUAUGUCGCCGAUCAAUCGCCGGCCGGUAAACUCGCGAAUCAUUCCGAAAACAUUGCAAUUGGUGGCAAGAUUCCCCUUCCUCCUCCUUGUAUCAACAACAUAAGCAAAGGUCAUUUUAAUAACCCUGGACAUUAUAUAGGAAAGCCUACAUUAUUAACCUCUCUAGAUUCAAUGAAUACCAAAAAUACCCUAAGUUGUGGUGUGUACCCUACUUCACAAGGAAACCAAUGGUUAGUUCCUGUUAUGUCCCCAUUAGAAGGCCUUGUAUAUAAGCCAAUCAUAGGGCCAUGCCCUCCAAAUCCAAGUCUCAUAACACCAAUAUAUGGUCCUUAUAGUCCUCAGCAUGUUCAAGAAGUACCAACUCUUCCCCCCACAAAUUCUCACCAAAGAAUUGGAUCCCUCUCUGACUCUUUUUCACCACCAAUGAUGCAUCCAUCUAUUGAGCACCCCAAUAAUAAUAAUAAUAACAUUAAUAAUGGUCAUGAAAGUCACCAUUAUUCAUCAUCACUUGGAGAAGUGAAUUCCUCCAUAUUGUACAAAAGCUCAUCAUCUAACAUUAUUACCAAUUACCAUACAAGUCAAAUAAUGCCAAGAACUAACAAUAAUGUUACAAAAGAUAAAGAUAGAAGCACAACAAGUAGUAGGAGUAGUAGUCCUUGCAAGAAAAGGAAAGGUGAUGUACUUCCUUUGUUCCCUGUGGCACCAACAUUUUUGGCAUCAAAUAAUGUUGAUCAUCAUCAUCAUCACCAGGCUAAAGUUAUCAAAGCAUUGCCUCACAAUCCAAAAUCAGCAACUGAAUCAGCUGCAAGGAUAUUUAGAUCAAUACAAGAAGAAAGGAAAUAUUUGUAGUUGGUCAUCAAUGUCAUAUUAUAUAUAUAUUAUGUCACACUCUUGAAUUUGCAAAGAAUGCAUAGGUGUCAUGCGUUAAUUUAUUUUUAGCACCAGACACAUCAUCAUAAUUUGUCAUUGUCUUUUGGUUUAGAAUUUCAAAUUGAACUAACUAACGUCGCCAUCAUCAAAACGUUAAGGGAAAGGAACAUAACAAUCUAGUAAUAGUAGAAC